UAUCUUAGUAAAAUCUCUCAGUCGUCUACACCAUUGUGCGAACGCAGUACAAAACACGCAAAAAUAUGAAAUCUAUAUACAUUGUCGGUAUAAUCAUGCUUAUGGGACAAACAGAGUGUUUCGUUGAAGACACUACGAGCAUUAAAAUUUUGAAGGAACAAAGGACACUCUUAAGAAAAUUGCAAAAUUUCCAAGAACCGAAAGACGUGAAACCUUUGACAUGGAACGAGAUGCUUGCAGACGUAUUAGUGAACAGAAUAAAGAUAUUCUCAUUCCACAAAGUGAAUGAAAACGAAAUUGUCAAAGACGACAAACCGGCGAAGACGAAUAUUGUAACUACAGCUGUGAGCCAAGUAAUGUUAUUUUACAAAAACUGUAUCUAUGAUAAAUGGAGGGUCAAGUAUGAAGAGCCAAGUCAUACAGUUGAAACUACUACUGAAGAUGGCGUUGUAAGCGUAACGACCACGGCUGACAUAGAUGAUCCGAAAGGUGAUGUGGAAAUUAUAGAACCGAGAUAUCAUGGGAAGCAGAUAGAUGGAGAUCCUGACGAUGAUGAAGCUAUAGUGAACUGUCCUGAAGAAUUCAUAAAGGAUGAGCAAGGAAAUUGUGUGAACAUACAUUCUCGAUUGAUUAUUUCUGUGCCGAAUCAGUGUCCAAGAGGUUAUAGGCGUGAUAGAUUGGGCAACUGCAGAGCUGUGCUUUUUUUCUAAACCCAUGAAAAUUGGUGCGUAAUUUUUCAAAAAAGUGAAUAUGUGAUACUCAUGUUUUAAUAUUAGUUUAGUGAUAAAAGAUCCUCAGGCAAGUACCUGUAGAGUAAAAACUGUGACGCGCGUGUUUCUUUUAACUGUUGAUGUUUAUUUAUGUUCUACGUCACUACUGUCAAAGUUAUCACCUUCAAAUAAUCUUGAGUUUUACUGUAUUUUCUUUUGUAACAUAAAAAUGAUUUGCUUGUACAAUAUUAACAUAUGUAUUUACUUCGUUUUAUUAGGUAAGAUAUAACAAAAUUAUUUUUAUAUUACAUUUAUACAUUUCUAAA